ACUGCAAUGGCUGAGACAUGAGCAUCUGCAGUCAGCAAGGUUAGUGCAGCGAAGCAGCAGCUGCAUGCAGCAUCUUCCCACAACCACAAUGUCUGCCAAGGAGGUCCAGGCUGCAGAGCGGGUGUCCACGUCAGCGUAUUCCUCACCUGCCAGAAGCUUGGGUGACCCAGGAAUUACUCCUUUAUCUCCAUCUCAUAUCAUAGUGAGAGACUCGGACCCCAGCGCCUCUGAUGAGCCGACCUUCUCGGUUGUUGUAGCCAUUGAUUUUGGCACCACUUCCAGUGGCUACGCCUACAGUUUCUCCAAGGAGCCAGAAUGUAUUCAUAUAAUGAGGCGCUGGGAAGGAGGAGACCCCGGGGUGUCCAAUCAGAAGACCCCAACCACCAUCUUACUGAUGCCUGACAGAAAGUUUCAUAGCUUUGGCUUUGCCGCCCGUGAUUUCUACCACGACCUGGAACCCAGUGAAUCCAGGCACUGGCUGUACUUUGAGAAGUUUAAGAUGAAGCUGCACAGUAGCACGGACCUUACCAUGGAAACAGAUCUCACAGCAGCGAACGGCAAAAAAGUGAAAGCACUUGAGAUAUUUACCUACGCUCUGCAGUACUUCAAGGAACAAGCGUUGAAGGAGCUGAGCGAUCAGGCGGGAAUGGAAAUGGAUAACGCAGAAGUCCGUUGGGUCAUUACAGUUCCAGCCAUCUGGAAACAGCCAGCCAAGCAGUUCAUGAGGCAGGCGGCAUACAAGGCUGGCAUGGCAACCCCCGAAAAUCCUGAACAGUUGAUCAUUGCUCUAGAGCCUGAAGGAGCUUCCAUAUACUGUAGGAAGCUUCGUCUUCAUCAGAUGAUGGAUCUCAGCACCAAAGCAGCAGUCAACGGCUUUGGUCCAACGGAUCCAGCUAAAGAGCAUGUUCGUCGUAACCGGCAGAGUCGAACCUUCCUGGUGGAAAAUGUGAUUGGGGAGCUAUGGUCAGAACUGGAGGAAGGAGAUCGUUAUGUCGUUGUUGACUGUGGAGGAGGUACUGUAGACCUGACCGUCCAUCAAAUUAGUUUACCUGAAGGACAUCUGAAAGAACUCUACAAAGCAUCAGGUGGACCCCAUGGCUCUCUUGGUGUUGACUAUGAAUUUGAGAAGCUUCUUUGCAAAAUCUUUGGAGAUGAUUUUAUCGAGCAGUUCAAAGUGAAGCGGCCGGCUGCCUGGGUUGAUCUGAUGAUUGCUUUUGAGUCUCGUAAAAGAGCAGCAGCCCCAGACAGAACCAACCCUCUAAACAUCACCUUGCCGUUCUCAUUCAUUGAUUACUACAAAAAGUUCCGAGGUCACAGUGUGGAACACGCCUUGCGCAAAAGCAAUGUGGACUUUGUCAAGUGGUCGUCCCAAGGGAUGCUGAGGAUGAAUCCAGAUGCAAUGAACGCUCUUUUCAAACCCACAGUUGACCACAUAAUCGAACAUCUAAAAAAUCUCUUUCAGAAACCAGAGGUAUCUGGAGUGAAAUUCCUCUUCUUGGUUGGUGGAUUUGCAGAAUCCCCUUUGCUCCAGGUGGCCGUCCAACAAGCAUUUGGUGACCAAUGCCGUGUCAUUAUUCCUCAUGAUGUAGGAUUAACUAUCCUCAAAGGAGCUGUCCUGUUUGGUCUAGAUCCUGCUGUAAUCAAGGUACGACGCUCUCCAAUGACCUAUGGAGUAGGGGUCUUAAAUCGGUAUGUGGAUGGAAAGCACCCUCCAGAGAAGCUUCUUCUAAAGGAUGGUACCCGAUGGUGCACCGAUGUGUUUGACAAGUUCAUCUUAGCCGACCAAUCAGUGGCUUUGGGUGAGACGGUGAAACGUAGCUACACCCCUGCCAAACCCUCCCAGCUAAUGAUAAUAAUAAAUAUCUACAGUUGUGAGCAGGAUGAAGUCAACUUUAUCACAGAUUCUGGUGUUAAAAAAAGUGGCACACUGAGGCUGGAUCUGUCAGGGAGCGAAAGUUCCCCUGUUCUGAACCGUAGGGAGAUACAGACAAUCAUGCAGUUUGGAGACACUGAGAUCAAAGCCACGGCAGUCGACAUCGCAACCUCAAAAAGUGUGAAAGUCAACAUUGACUUCCUGAAUUAGAAGUCAUCACUAAAAGUGUCGAGUCCCAUUUUAUCUCUUCCAAAGCCAGGUCCUCUGUGGUUUGGAGUGUAGUCCCGUUUAGUUACGCUGUCCAAGGGCAUUCGGAAUUUGGGGUCAAGACAAAGGAGAGACAAAAAAUGUCAAUUUUCUUGCAAUAAUUAU